AAUUCGUGCGGUGCGCUCAGUUCUAGUUGAACCGUUCGCGGUAACGGGUGUGUCUUGUAUUUUCCGCAGUUGCAAACCAUUUCCACCGUAGUGUAUUAUGCGUGCGAGUUAGUUGUGGAGCGUUUUUUCUGUAGCGAGCCUUAUCGCGCAGUCCUAAAAAAACAAAGAAUCUAAAUUUGUUGAUGAGAGCGUGUGCUGCGUGUAGUGUGUACCAUUGUCCCGUUUUGCUUCAAGCAAAUCAUCCAUCAUCAAAGUGCAUCGAUUAGUGUUGCGCCGUGCGAACAAGAACGAAACUUCCGUAAGGUUGUGAUACGUACAGUGGGCAGGCAGCGUGCAAGCCUUCUUCGCUGUGUUGGAGUUGAAACGGUCAUAACCAGUCAACCAGACUACUGUGCGCAAUCAACUAACUCCUAGCAGUUCGUCACACACCAACAAUGAUCAGGUUACUGGCAAUAGCUGCGGCUAUUGCAAUCGGUGGCAUCGAUGGGCAGUUUCUGUCCUUCGAUCAACACGCAACCGAGUGCGCACUGUACGUGAACGGGCCCGGCAAAUCGUCCGCCUUUGACUACAACCUUAAUCUGUUCCGUGGUACAAUUGCACCGCUGCAUGCUGACCCGACCACCUGUAUUACGUACGAUGCCAUCAACCAGGCGUACCUGGAUGCCCGGAAGCGGAUCCGCGUAUCGCAACCGAAGGGUGACUGGAAGACGGAGGAUAUUGCCACCGUCGGUGAGCUGCUGCUCGACAUCUCGAUUCAGCUCGCAAGAACGUAUGGUUUGUCGUACGAAGAGAUCGAGAAGGGUCUCCCUUCGAUCGACACCUCGAAAACACUGAUCCGGGAAGUGUGUCCAGCGUUCCUGUCCGGUGUGGAGUGCCGCCCGGGCAAGUACCGCCGUGUGGAUGGGCUGUGCAACAACCUGAAGCAUCCGACGUGGGGUGCGGCGAUGACACCGUUCCAGCGCUUGAUCGGUCCACUGUACUCGGACGGUAUAAAUGCACCGCGCAUUUCGAUCACCGGUCACGACCUGCCACUAUCCCGUGUCGUUUCCCGCACGAUCCAUCCGGACGAGGGUUACCAUGACCAUGCCGGUACGGUGUUCGUUAUCGCAUGGGGACAGUUUAUGGAUCACGAUUUUACGCUGACCGCUACACCGCUCGAUCCGAUUAACCGCAACGAUCCGGAGGAAUGCUGCAAGCGUCCGCCCCAUCUGAAGCACCCGUACUGUAAUGAGAUCCGCGUCCCGGACGAUGACUACUUCUACCGGCUGUUUAACGUCAAGUGUAUCGAUUUCGUGCGCGGUUUCCCAUCGCCCCGUGCCGGCUGCCGGCUCGGAUCACGCCAACAGUUCAACACGCUCACCUCCGUGAUCGAUGGCAACACGAUCUACGGUGUGAACGAGAAGUUUACGCGCAAACUCCGCACCGGCUACAAUGGGCUGCUGCGCAUGAACCCGGUGUUUGCCGAGUACGGGCUGAAGGAUCUGCUGCCACUGAAGCUGGACAUUCCGGAUGAGGGUUGUACGCGGCCGAACAAGAGCAUGUUCUGCUUCGAGGCGGGUGAGAUCCGCGUUAACGAGCAGCUGGUACUGACGUGCAUGCACACGCUGUUGGCCCGCGAGCACAACCGUGUUGCGACCGAGCUCGGCAAGAUUAACCCACACUGGGACGAUGAGACGCUGUUCCAGGAGGCGCGUCGUAUCAACAUUGCCAUCAUCCAGCAUAUCACGUACAACGAGUUCCUGCCGAUACUGCUCGGCAAGGAGGUGAUGGAGAAGUUUGGUUUGCUCACACAGAAGGAAGGCUACUGGGAUGGGUAUGACGAGAACGUAAAUCCGGCGAUUAUCGAUUCCUUCGCGUCGGCUGCGUUCCGGUUCGGACAUUCGCUGCUGCCGACUGCCGUAGAGCGUUGGUCUAAGGCUCACAAGUUUAUCGCUUCCAAGCGUUUGUCGGAUCUGAUACGCCGACCGUACGAUCUUUACCGUGCCGGUGUGUACGACGAAUAUCUGAUGGGGCUGAUGAACCAGGUAGCACAGGCGAUGGAUGACUCGAUCACGCAGGAAGUUACGAACCAUCUGUUCAAGAAGGAGGGUGCCCGUUUCGGUAUGGAUCUGGUGUCGUUCAAUAUGCAGCGUGGUCGCGAGUUCGGUGUGCCCGGAUACAUGGAGUUCCGCAAGUUCUGCGGACUGCCAGCGUCGGACAACUUCGAGGAGCUGUUCGGUUCCAUGCCUAAUGAAACUGUACGGCGGUACGAGAGUAUCUUCGACCAUCCAGCUGAUGUGGAUCUAUGGUCCGGUGGUGUAUCCGAACGUUCGCUGCCUGGUUCGAUGUUGGGACCGACCUUUGCAUGCAUCAUAGCCACUCAGUUCAGCUACGUGCGACGCGGCGAUCGGUUCUGGUACGAGCUGCCAAACCAGCCGUCCUCCUUUACACCGGAACAGCUGCAGGAGAUCCGUAAGGCGAAACUUGCCCGUUUGAUCUGCGACAAUACUGACCUGAUCGAUACCGUGCAGAUCUACCCGAUGGUGCUGCCCGAUCACGAAAUUAACCCCCGAGUGCCAUGCAAGAGUGGAAUUCUUCCAUCGAUCGAUCUGUCCAAGUGGGCCGACUAUGGUCACGAGACUCAUUCGCCUCAUCAAUAUCAAUUCCUGAACGACAUACCGGAGACGAUUGGAUUCAAGUAGUGGAGCCAAAUGUUGGUCACCUACCCCUCACCCAAUGUACGCUGAGAUUCUAGAUGUAUCAUUCCACUUAUCGUAGCCUUGGUCCUGCCUUGGACCAGGACAAGCUGAUUGGUUAUACCAGGUGGACGAAACGUCACGCCCACCUUUGCAUUUAACCAUCACUUCCCCUUGUUCUUCCUCUCUUACGCCCUUCUCCAUUUCCCACUGUCUCAUUGUAUUAUACACAUUUCAAGUUGGAAUUCAAAUCGCCCUUAACAUUGUUACAAUUACGAGCAGUGUCUGCGCAGAAGCUGCUCCAGAACGCAUUUAGCCGAGGUACACCUCGACAGACACACCUAGACAAUAGUGGCCAUUAGCGAGCGAAGUGGUUGCAGUGUGCGCCGAACACAUCCGGAGCUCUAGAACACGCAUCGUACAUAAAUCUCGUUGAAUCUAACAGCUAUUCUGAACACUUAUGUUCUUCUGAAAGCCAUCUUCUUGCGGUAAACAUACAAGAAUUUCUCCUCACGAUAGAAGAGUGCCGGCAAUAUUUGUAACAAAAAAAAAAACAAGAAAAACUAAACCCUGCACAAUAGGAACCACGUGUUCGAUUCAGUUCCCUGGAUUGAUGCGCUGCAGAACGGCCGGCCUGCCAAGAGAGUCCGGCAGUGGACUUACCACGUUGCGCAACUGUGCCCCUUCCUCUUCUGCUACGCCACAGACGUUCUUCACCUUAAGAGAAUUUAUAUAUAAAUACGUUUAUUCCGUUUUCCCGCAUUUUGUUUUAUUUUAUUUUUAUUUUAUUAUUUAGAACGGCCCUUGUUUUUGUGUAAUAUUUAUGUAAAUAAUAAAUUGUUCGAUCAAAUCGGU